AAUCUGCGUGGCGCGUGCGAGAUAAAGUUACCCAUAAGGGCCUGCGCUCGCGUUAUAGCGCAGUGCGAAGACACGCCUCAGGCGCAGACGGGUUAUGGCUUCCAUCAAUUGGUACCUGCCGCUCCUGGUGGCGUUAGUGACGAUCUUCAGCGCUGGAACGUCCAUAGGAACUACUGGUCCUCUACUCGUGAAGGCUGAAGGCAUAAAAACAAUUACGCAUUCAAGCGACGGAGGGGUAAAGGGCGUCAAGGGGAUCACCGUCAAAUCCGUUACAAGCAGUGAUUUAUUGAAGCCGGCAGCUCCGCCUAGUCCCAAAGAUCUUCCCGACGACAUCGAUCCUUUCGCGCUCGCCCCACCGCCAUCAUCAAGCGUCAAUAACAAUGGCCCAUUUUUAUCACCAGGAAGCGAAAGAGGAGGAUCCAAUGUUCAAGGUGGGGAAGGAGAAACGUUCAACACUGUUCAAAACGGCGCCGGAAGUGUUACCAAAACAACGGUUACCAAAAGCGUUGUAUCAGUUACCCACCCCGGUGGUUCAAACGCUCUGCCAGGUGGCGGUAGUAGCCUUACAUUACGGCCCCUUAGUCCAGGAACCACUAUACCGGGAGCACCUGGAGGUCCGAAUAUCUUGACAAGUACAGAAGUCAACCGAAACGCAUUUGUUGGCUCAACCAUCACCGGUGGAAGACAGGGUCCAACAGCUCACCUACCUUCCAACACACACGGAGCUCUAGUCGGCCUGAGCAAUGUACCAGCUCCAUCUGUAAUAAAUUCGAGAACUUCCAAUAUCCAUUCUGUAAUUACUACAGGAGUAAACAAUUUACGUCCUGGUGCUAUUCCUCCGGUUCAUGCCGCUCCCUCAGUCGGUGUCACAGGAAGCGGUGUAGAGGUCGAAGUGCCUGGAUUUACUACAGGACUUGACCGAAGAUGGAAGUGGGUGCUCGGCCGGCGAACCGGGAUAUUUCCUCCAUACAUCCAAGCUCUUGAUCCUGAAGUAUUGUACUAUAAACUUGGUUACCAGCCUCCGAGCCUCCCAGGACUUCCAGAGCCCGUGCAGAGACUCCUUAACAAUAUUCCUGUUCAGCCUGCUGGUAGCGGUAUUUAUGGACACAGAGGUUCUACAACAUUGAUUGAUAUCAUUCGAAAAAUUGCGAGAGUCACGGCCUUAAAAAAUCUUUUGUCCAGCAGUAAACUUUCUCAUAAAGCGAACCAAACAAAACUGCUCACCUCUCUUAUCGCAAGUGAAACGUCAUCUUCAUCAGGGGCGUCUCCCAUAGAGCGUCUUCUGCUCCAGAGUGACUCACAAUCGUCCCCAAUUCAGCCAGGAAUUUGGAGCAGUUUGGUCUCGCUGUUUGGUAGCGACCCCUAUGGAUUCUCUUUUCGCAGCCCUUACGCUGGACGGUUCGGUUCUCCAUAUAGCACCUUUUAUGGUGGGACAUAUGGUAGUACUUACGGCAGCCCGUGGUCGACAUUUCCCGGUGCACCAUUUUCAGGAAGUACAUGGCCAUACUACGGCAGUAGUCCGCUAGCACCUUUCGCACCAUACGGCCUCGGAUCGGGACCUUAUUCAUCUUUUAGUACAUACGGUGGCCCAUCGGGACCAUCAUACCCUGGUUUUCCAAGUUACGGCGGAAGUUCAGUGACAAAAAGCAUACUGAGCACUAUUUCUGGAAUAAAUACCGGAAGUACUGGCAUGCCUUACGUAACGGCGCCCGACGGAACCCUUUCGCCGCUAAUCGACCAAUUCUCGACAACUACUAGUAGGGGUUAUUACGACUUGUCUGUACCAGGCAGCUCUAAAUCUUUGACCGAGAAGUUGAUCGAUGUACUUGCACAUCCUCGUCAAUACCCACUAGGUCCUGAUGGAGAACUUUUGUACAAAAAUGAUGCUGCCCCGUAUGGAACCGGACCACUGUCUCCGCUAUUAGGAGGCACAAACAACCCAUCGUACAAUCUCUUCAGAAAUACGGCUACAUCAAAAACGACCCUCGACCGGUUGACAAGAUCUGGUGGCAUAUAUCCAUACAUUUUACUGAAGUUGCUCCGUAGCAAUCCCCGAUCGCCAACAAUUAACGCUAUUAUAAAACAAGUGAUAAAUCAGCGACGACCAUUUGGAAUAUUGAGCUCAUUACUAAACAGCGUGGGGCCAAACGAAAGUGAAACAGAUGGGGCCCCUCAAAUGAUAUCGUUGCUUCGAAAAGCAAUCAGCAAUCCGAAUGACAUUGCAGGUCAGUACUUAGCCCGACUAGCGGGAAUAAGUCCAGAAACAUUUGGCCUUUCCUCAAGCAGUAGAACAUCCUUAGACCCCACCACAAAUACAUUGACGCAGCUUCGGGGCCUUCGUCAACCUACCGAAGGAAGUCCAUACGAUUCCCUCAAUAAGCUUUUGCUAGGAGCAGAGGAACCAUUAAGCCGUAUAAGCUCACGUAUAACACCGGAAACGUAUAACACGUUUACAGAUAGGCAACCUCGGUUUGCUGACUCCAUGCUUAAAGCAGGCGAGCCACAAAAGACAAUUGUGGGAACAAAAGAAAUAAUAACAAAAAGUGUAAGUCCUUCGAACUUGUACACUUCGGCGUUUACGCAUCAACCUAUCUCAAAAACGCAGGUUGUUCCAAGUACGUAUUCGUCUAGGGCACAGCCAACGCUAGCAUCAAUGAUUACGCCCAUUACAUCGGGCUUACAUGUCACGGGGCAGACGGUUCAACCAUCGUCUUCACUAACACUACUUGGACUUAAAAAUAUGCCAGGGGCGUCCAGUGGCACCUUUCCACUCUAUGGAACUUCGGCCCUUCAUCCCCAAUUUGCCACUGGUACACGAGUAACCACCACUCCGGGUGUGUUUGUCAAUGGCCAGUUUGUUUCUUCAACGAAUGGAAUACUGGGAAGCGCCCUCGGCCAAACAGGAUUACCAAUAACAACGGCUGCCUACACAGCUGGUAUUCCAGUUACUACUGGUUAUCUAUCAGGCACAACCACUUCGCAUCCAUAUAUCCUUGGAGGUUCUGAGAUAGGCGUCCACCCGCACUAUGUAGUUGAAGGCCAUGAGGCUCCCGGAACUCGUUGGCAAUUGAAAGUGUGGCGAAAUCAUCCAGGCGUGUCCACCAUCAUACCGGGUGUGUCUGGUUACACUUCGUAUGUUUCUGGCACUCCAACCAUGGGACUUGUGGGAUCCCCUAGCCUAAGUGGCAUACCAGUGAUUGGGGGAACCAGCUCGCACUACAUCGUCCAUGGUCCUGCUGGAAGCGCCGGCGUUAACCACAUUAUCAGCUCAGUAGGCACAAACCAGCCAUCUGGUACAUAUAUGCCCCAUACCCAGUCUGUUAGCAGAACCAUAUCCGGAAGCAGCAUGUCCACAGGCGACAGCUUUACUACGAGUCCUGGCAGCACCAGCAGUACCGCAAAAUACUACUACAGCUCAUCAAGCGGAGGCAACGGCUAUUCGGGAGUUGGCUCUGGUACCAGCGGAGGCAUCACUUCAAGCCUACAAGGAACAAGUGGAAACAGUGUGUCAUCUUUUGACAGCAACAGUGGCAGCACCGGUUUGACUGAAGAGAAUUUUUCUCAGACAAAACUAAAGUGAGAAAUCUCGCAUAAUCUAGCAAACCUUAAAUGGGGAUUAAUGCCGACAAGCGAUUAUAAAUAGUUAUUGUACAUUAAUAAUUUUAACUACUGCGUGAAGGCGUGCAAUUGUCACUGAAUUGCGAUUCGCUCACCAUUUUCAGAAUAGUGGCAUUGGUGAUGCGAGAAAUAAAGUUUAUAUUGAACAAA